UUCCAAGCCUCUCUCUUGCCCUACCUUUUGUUUCUGUACUUCCUUUCCUUUCGGGCCAACCGUAUUUCCAGUCUCGGCAAUUUUGGUUUUCAGUUUGUUCUGCUCUUUGUCGUUAGUACCAUUCCGUCAGGGAUCAUUGCCAAAACCGUUUACGGAACUUCCCUGGCCAAUGUGGAUUGGUUGCACGGUGGAGCCGAAACGCUAUUGACCCUGGCCAACAUUCUCGUUGUA